UGUGCCCUCGGAACCGCCGCGCGACAGCCGCUAGCCAUGGGGACGCGAGCGCCCGGGCGCGCGCUGCUGCUAUUGCUACUCUGCGGUGGCUGCGUCCUCACAGGGGGCUGUGAUGAGCCCCGCAUGCUGGACUUGCUGACUCGCUGCGGGGAUGCUUUUGCUGCCAGAAUGCACAAAGUGGAAGUGAAGAAGUGGUGUGACCUGGCUGAGUUCAUCGUGUACUACGACCGCUUCACCAACUGCAGCGAGGUCGAGGCUAACCUGGUGGGCUGCCAUUGGCCCAACCCGUUGGCCCAGAGUUUUCUCAGCAGCAUGCACCAACGUUUCUUCUCCAAUUGCUCCUUGGACAGGACCCAGUGGGAGGACCCCCCGGACGAAGUGCUGGUCCCCCUUAUUGCCCUGCCUGUCCUGCUGACCGUGGCCAUGGCUGGCCUAGUGAUGUGGCGCAGUAAACACUCUGACCCACAGUCCUGAGUCCUGCCUGGAGUUCUGAGA